UGCUGACCAGACUUUCAUUGUUUGCUAUGGCAUAAAAAGGGUUCUACACUAUAACUAAAAAGUUGAUUUUAUAAAAAAUAGUUCAGCAUUUAUUGCGAGCGCUAAGCAUAAAAGCAAUUUUUGUCACAUUCCUCUUUCCGUCGUCGGUCGGCGUAAGGUAUUUCCCCGGGGGGUUCAUCCCAUGUCGACCUGAUAGGGAUGCUCGUCGUAUUUUUUAGGGGUCAAAAUCGGGCCUCAGGUAUUUUUUAGGGGGUAUCCUAGAAAAAAAAAAGGCUUUUCUCUUAGAAUUGGUAUUUUUAGGGCCUCUGGGGUAUUUUUUAAGGGUAGCAAGUUUUGGUGUGCGGGUAUUUUUUAGGGGUAUUUUUCGAAUUUCACGACAAGCAUCCCUAUCACUUUUCCCCUGAGGAACCCCCCGGAGGUAUUUCUCUCAUCAAUUGAGACAGAGAUGUGAUUUGAAGGGAGUGUGGUUCUGGUACAAGGUGCUUGUUUACGGCAAAAACCUUCUCUUGCCCAAGGUCUCUUGGAACAAAUGCCACGUGCAGUUCUCUCACGUUGAAGGAGAAAUAAUGUAAAAUAUGUGGCUUUGGCGGUUUUCCGGAAAAUGCCUUCAUGCUAUUGGUCAGACGUAAUUGCAUAACCCCGCUGGCUUAGUAGAAAUUAUGACAUAACGGGCUCAGUCAUAUUCACUGAAGAGCGAUCAGAAGAUAACAUUUAUAAUUCAUGUGCGCGGUCUGCUCCCAACCUUGGGGAUUUUUUUUUGUUGCGUUCGUAUAUAUUCAAUAUUUGGAAGUGUGCGUAAAUAAGGAUCUAAUACAACGACAUAUAGACAACACUCAACAACUAAAAAGGGGUCGUACUAUGGUAACAGUUCGCAAAGAAAUAUCGACCUCACAAAGAGAGGGAGAGAGGUGUUUUUUUCAAGCGCAUCACUUAUAUCGCGAAGUCUUUCUUGUGAAGCGCUCUUAGCCGGAUACGCUUAUAUAAUGUCAACUGAGAUAUUCCAGUACUUGGGGAACAAGAAAACGCAAUGGAAAGCUCACAUCAAGGAAAAUAAGAGGGUGGCUGUUUUUCGUGAGAGGAUUGCGCCGGUUGAGCGAAAUGAUGUGGAAACACGUCAGAAAUUGUUGGAGACUUUAAAGAGAGAGGUGAAACAGAUCAUGGAAGAAGCGGUGAUGAAAAAGUUUAUCCAUGCAGACAGCUCGACCAUCACUUCCCUUUGUGCUGCUGUACAGGCUGGGCUCACGCAUGGUCUCAAGAAGCGCGCUGGUGGUCUUCUGCCUGCAUAUGAUACUCAGACCAUACUAGAGAAACUGGCGAAAAUGUCAGAAGCCGCUGCUGAACUUGUAAAAGAAUUGUCUGGAAAUGAAAGCUCACAGAAACUAAAUAAUGGAACUUCAGGUGGUCCAGGGGAGAGUCCCAAGUCCAAGCUCAGCUUUAGUCUUGGCCCUUCCAGUAAUUCCAGCACCAAAAAGAUUAAUGGGUACAGCGUGACUGGACACUGCGGCAAGUACCUCUGGAUCAGAAUCGCUCUCUUGGAAAAAUUACUCACCAGGAUUGUGGUAGACCUCAAGUCAUAUGCCAGCAUGUUCUAUGAGCCAGAAGCCUUGAUAGCUGAUCCUGUUGACGGCCAGAUAUUCAUUGAGCUCUUGGACGGCCCUUGUGCGCUUGACUUUUCCAAAAUGAAGACUCCAGACAGCUAUUGGACAGACCCCUCUGCCGACGAGCUUGUGCAGAGACACAAAAUCCACAGCAGUCUGUACCCAGUGCCUUCCUCGCCGAACCCACCCCGCCCUCAGCUUGGGGCAACGGCCAGGAAACAGGAGGAGAACACUGCUGUUGCUCCAGUCAUGGCCCGGGAACACAUAGAGUCUCUCCAUCAGAACAGCUAUACAACUUUGCUCUAUGGCAAGAACAAUGUGAACGUGCAACCACAUGAGAAAGCGAGUCCUAUCCCUGGCUAUCUGUCAUUACACAAGAGUAAUGAGUUGCUGGUGCUUAAAUGGACACCCAAUACACUAAUGAGUGGAUCGGAUGAGAAGGAAAAGAGCUUGUUCUGGGAUUAUGCACUCACGGUUAACCUGAAUGAUGUGGUCUAUCUUCAUUGUCACCAACAGUCUGGCUCAGGCGUGGUUAUUCUGAUUGGUCAAGACGGCGUACAGAGACCACCCAUCCACUUUCCCACAGCUGGCUCACUUCUCUCCUUCCUCAACUGUUUGGAGAAUGGUCUCCACCCCUUUGGACAGUUGGACCCACCAUUAUUUGCCCCUCGGAGCAGAGGACUGGUACUCCCGAGUCUCAAGAAGACUGGGGAGAGUUCGGCACCAGUCUCCCCCAACAAAGAGCUGAAUAACCAGGACUAUGUAUUUCGGCUAGUUUCAGCCACGAAACCUGAGGAUGUUGUUUCCAAGGAGAUGGAGAAACUAGGAUCACGAAAGAAGUUCAUGAAGAAGCCAGGCCUCGCAAGUGGCUCCAAGAUUUCUAGCUUCAGCCGUAGAUUGCAAAAACACAAUGGACAGCCGACCAGGGAAUCUCUACACAGCGCAUGUGAAACGAUGAGGAGACAAAUCACACUGCGAGCAUUUAAUGGAUGGUCAUCAUACGUUCGUCACCUUCAGACAGUUCGAACUCACCUCUCAUUCCUAGUGUCACAUGACACUGUAACCGGGCGGGAGAAUGGUGAGGACUUCACGUGUGGUCUGACCGAAGAGGCCUGGAACAGACUUUUUAAAGAUGGAUCGGUAACCGAGGAAGACCGGUUGAAGAAAUACGUGUACUUCGGAGGCAUAAGUCACUCUCUCAGAAAAGAGGUCUGGCCCUACUUAUUAAAGCACUACACGUUUGGCAGCACACCAGAGAGCCGUCGCCAAACAGAUCUUGUCAAACGCGAGGAAUACCAGCAAAUACUUGAAGACUGGAGAUCCGUGGAAACUUACAUCAUCCAAAACGAGAAAGACCACGAAGUGGACGGUCUGUCCAUGGGUAGCACAGGCAGUCGAGACGAGGUCUUUGAACAGCUAGAGAUGAUUAGUACUGGACUCGAGAAAACUGUGGAGAACCCGGAUGGCAAGGACAUCGAGGAGCCGGCCGUGGAAGGGCUCGACGAAACCGCAAAGUUACGGAUCAUGAACGGCCAGGACCUGAGCCCAAUCGGGCUAAUAAGCAAUGGCGAUGAUGCCGAGAGUGGAUGCUGCGAUUGCGGUGAUCUCGGAGAACACACGUGUCCGGUUUGCCGUUCCUGCGGCAAAAGAGUUGAAAGAGAACUUAACGGGAAUUGCAGUAAGAUUCCUAAUGGACAUGUGCGUCGAGAAAGCGCUGAGGGGAUGCGUUCGAAUAGCGAGCCUGGCGCGGGGGAUAUCUUGUGCAAGCAGUGCAGCCAGGACAGUAGUUCCUCCUCGUGUCCGUAUUCGGCGGAGUUGCUUGACAACUUGAGUAUGAACCUUCACCGUAUUGAUAAGGACGUGCAGAGAUGCGAUCGGAAUUACUGGUACUUCACCCAGGAGAAUCUGCUCAAGCUAAGAAAUGUUAUUAGCAGUUACGUUUGGACGACGCUGAACGUUGGCUACGUACAGGGGAUGUGCGACCUAGUCGCCCCACUGCUGGUUAUAUUUGACGAUGAGUCCAUAACAUACAGCUGUUUUGUCCAACUCAUGGAUAGAAUGAACAAUAACUUUCCUCACGGUGGUGCGAUGGACUUGCAUUUCUCCAACAUGCGCUCCCUCAUUCAAGUGCUUGACCCGGAGAUGUUUGAGCAUCUUCAGCAAAAUGGCGACUUGACGCACUUCUACUUCUGCUACCGAUGGUUCCUGCUCGACUUCAAGAGAGAGCUGCUCUACGACGAUGUCUUCAAGGUGUGGGAGACUAUCUGGGCGGCCCGCCACUGCACCACGGACCACUUCGUGCUGUUCAUUGCUCUUGCCCUUCUCCAGUUCUAUAGGGAUAUUAUUCUUGAUAACAAAAUGGACUUUACGGAUAUUAUCAAGUUCUUCAACGAAAUGGCGGAGAGACACGACGCUAAGGCAGCACUCGAAAUGGCGCGAACACUUAUCACAAAGGUACAGGAACUUAUCAAGAACCAAUGAGAAGCCAGGAAUCGACAUCAUGUGAAUAUAGGGUUGACAAGAGAAAGACAGGUAUUCGGGUCUUGUGAAUAUGAUGCUGACGAAUCAUAGGACAGAUAUCCCAUUACGCGAUCAUGAUACACUGAAGAAUAGAAUGCCAGGGGUCCGCAUCACGUGACUUUGUGGCUAACGAAUAAGCAUGUAGAUAGCGGAUCAUAGACACCUUACUGUUACCAUAGUAACGUCUAAUGACGUCACGUUGUUUAGUGUCUUGACGUAUGCAUUAUGCUUUUUCAUUCUUGGGAAACUCAAACAAAGCGAUCUUUCAAGUUUUAGUUUAAGUUUCUGGUUUAAAUUCUAUUUUUGUUACGAGGUAAAUAAAUAUUCAUUUCUUUCCUUAUAUAAAGUAUAUAUACAAGUCAAACUUCAUACUCGACAAUAUGACAAAAUUAAUGCAAAACAAUUUCAAUACCAAAUGGAAUAAAAAGAUAGAUACAUAUUUGAUCUUGGGAAUGUAAACUAUAAUCCGCUAAUGGAUAAAAGUGCUUGUCAGUUUUAAAUGACAAAGAAUGUUUAAAAGUAGCUUAAAAGUGCAAACCUUAAUGUAGUGAAAGACAAAUCUAAUAUUUCGGGCAUGCUAUAUAAUGUAAUGGCCGCCUUUUCUUCUACGAAAUCGAUGGUGAUGCCACCAUAAAGAAAGUUCGAUAUGUAAUAAUUCUGAAAACACAAAUAUCUCAGUGGGUAAAAUGCAAUCUUAAAAUUUCUAUAAAGGGAUAGUAUCAUCAGCUAUGCAAAGAUUGGGCAUGAAGUUUCUAUUUUUUGAAAUCAAUGAUUCACCCGAUAUAUUGUGUGAAUGACCAAAGCAGGCGUUUACCCGGUGUUUUUCCGCUGGGCGACAUACCUAUUUUUCGGCGAAAACACCGUUUAAUAGCGAAAUCACCGGGUAAGCGCCUUCAAGCAACAAGUUUUUUUGAUAAUAAACCGUGGCCCACGUAAUAAUGACGACACCUUCCCUUUAAAGAUGACGGGUGUCUUGAAGUCAAUUGGUGUAGCAUGAUAUUUAAAAGAACUCCUGUUUAUUAACUAUUGAGAUGUAAAUAGGUGUUGUAUUUAUAGAUUAGGUCAGAGGGUUUAAAGCUGUCCUUUGUAGGAUAUAUACUGUAAAUAGGGUUCGUUCAAGGAGUUCAAAUCUUAUUUCCGUUUUUCUGUACUCAAAAUUAAUUGCUGACGUGACGUGAAAUUGUGAGAAUCGGCGGAAAAAACUCUUGACUGGGCUCGCAUGCACUGAGGCUCACCUCUGAUCACGUGAUGUACAUGCCGACUUGUGAUUGGACCCAGUCAAUCACGUGGUAUCUUUAGAGGCUGCCCUGCCGUGCCACCAUCCACUUGAGUUUCCAAGAAUUUAAGGAAAAAGUUAUCUUUACGAUACUCGGAAUUUCACGUCUUCCCAACUGUAAUGGGAUAUACCAAACAGGAAAACGCGCUCUAUGGGAUAAACAGUAACCAUAGCGAGGGCAACACAAAUAAGAAUCGGUCAACCUCAAGCGCAAGCACAAUGUAAACAAUUGUAUUCUCUCGCGCUUGUGUUCCAGUGAUGAUCAAAACAUUACUUGUGUCGCGAUGGAAUCCUCGUGUAAACCAGGCAUAAGUCGAGUGCUUCUAUAGGCUCACGCACACUGAACUCAAGGGAAAUAUCCUUAAGGCUAAUGCUAAACUUAGUAUCCAUUCUUAACUUACGCAAGCACGCAGGUCUUCAUAAUUGGUGAAGGGUAGAACUUCACAAUGCUCUGGAGAUGGGGUUGGCUCGUACAUUGCCCAAAAAUACUCAACGGGGUUUGUUUGGGUGGGUCCCUACUCACCUCCUUUGUUGUACAAAUCUAUCAAAUUAGAUACUUGGUGCGGAUUUAAUACUGUGAGAACUUUGGAAAAGAGUCAAGAAAUCACGAUUUUCAGUUUGCUAGUUCACAAUUAGGUUUCACAGUUUCACUUUUUUUCUUUUUGUAUAAAUCUUCACAUACCGAUGAAAAUCCAGUUAGGAUACAGCGAAAACUAAAGCUCCCAAUCAUUUAAAAGACAAAGAAGCUCUAGAUGAUGUAUUUUUUGCUUUUAAAAAUUGAACUAUUUUCCGUUGUUCCAUGUGAAAUGCUUAUCAUUAAGGGAUCUCGUUGCCUUCUCGCCUCCUAAAACUCUCAAAGAAAUAUCAAUAAAAAACAUAAACUAUUGUGCCUCGUUUUUUUCUUAGCUUGUCUUUCCCUUUUCUCACUCGACGAGAAAAUUUUACUAUCAGCUAACCCUGGUGAUGGGGGGAUGGGGUAUGGAAAUGUGUGCGCACACACCCCAUCGCAGGGCCAAAAUCUUGGUCAUUACGUAAUAAAGGACCGUCAUAUAGUGUUCUUUCUUGGGUACACGCAAAAUUCCAAUUGCAAAUGUCCUCCCGGGCCGGAUAAACUGGCAUUAAAAAGGUACAAAGAGAGGAUAUGUUACGCGUAGACAUCUGAUGGAACAACUUGAAUUUGCAAAAAAAAAAUGCUCAACGAGGAGGUUUGUAUUCUGUUAGGCGUUAUUACGCGUUAUGACUCUCCCUCCCCUGAAAAUACAAAAAAAGGGUAUGCUGCGUUGGGUUUUGUAUUCCCGGUCUUUUAUUCUUCUAUAGUGCAGUACGUAGGUGAAAAUAAAACUGGCUUAGAAGUGUAUUUCUGCCCAAAUAAAUGCUAGUAGUAAUAUAUUUAGGUACUAAAGGACAAAUUAGACGUAUUUUCAUGAUGGGUAUCCUGUGUAACAAGCACCCUGUGUUACCCGUCAUGACUCUCCCCUCCCAUUGUUUUAUUGUUUCGUGUACGUGUGCGAAGAGAAACCCUUCUCUCAAAACUGAGGUGGAAUAAUACAUCUCACGCAAGCCAGCUUUUGACGCCAUGUUGAAGGCCGUGUUUGUCGUUCUUCUGACUGUCGCUUGUGUGAGUUUAGCUGAAGAAAAGCCCCCCGGGAGCAAAGUUCGAGCUCGCCUUGAGACUUGUGGCGGAUGACGUUUAAACAGCCUUCCUGAGGUGAAGGCAUUUAUUAGCGAUGAUCUGCCUUACUACCAAGAGGCUAAGAUCAAGUACAAUCCUGGCCAUGAUCCUGUGAUGCGUCUCUAUGAUGACAAUGGGAAAGAGGUCAAGACCGUAGAUGUGGCCGAGAUGGGCCGCCAGGAUAUAGUAAAUCUUGUCGAGUCCCACGGUCUGAAAAGAUCAAAUGAAAGAAUGAGAGAAGAGCAGCAAUCAGAGGAAGAGGAGGAGCCAACCUUCGAUGAAAACGAGGAGUUCCCUGACGAGGAAGAUGAAGAUGAUGAAACUACAGAAGAGCCACCAACAGAGGCAAAAGAAGAGUUAUAGUUACAUAUAGCCAUUUAUUCUCAUUGUGAAUAGUAAUUGCUAAAGUUGCCUACAUGUUAUUAUCUCCUUUUGAGCUACACUUGAUGUUUGCUUAACUGGCAAGGAGUAGUUCGAAAGGAGGUACUGUUUCUGUUUGUCAAAACACUUACCUAAAUUAGUGUCUCAUAUUCAAUCACAUUGUGGCAAUGUACAAAGUUUCUUAACCAAUCAAUUCUCUAGAUGUUCCAUCUAAUGUUGUUACACAACAAAUCUUUAAAAAUCUAGCAAGACUUUCUGUCAAUUUCCCCUGGUAGACCAGGAAAGGAUGGAUUUUAACACCCAUCCUUCUUGUUGUCUAAAUCCAUUAGCAGUUUUUCUCAAAGCUGGUUCCCACAAGGUUGCAAGCGCAAUGGAUACACAAAACAUUUUUGAGGUUCCUAGGACCCCAAGUAAAGGCACUUGCACUUGCGUCCUAUCAACCAAUCUAUUCAUGACAUACCCCACUAUUGAGGGGUAAUAAUGAUACAGACACAUUAAGAAAAUAUUGGGGGGGGGCACAGCUAUGCCCCUACUAGCUGUUUCCGUAUAAUGACCCCCUGCUACCGCCCCGCUCCAUUCAAACUACUAGUUUAUUUUUAAUUUUCAGAGUUAUACUUUCUAUUGUACAUGAUUUGUAAGUCGAGUGAAUGCCAAACGUUCCACAGAAAUAUCUAAAUGAGAAACAUUGUGUGCAUGCCAUGGCCUAGAAAAAAAAUAAUUGAAGAGAAUGAUGCAACUGAAUGAUAAAUGCUAUUCAAGCAGUCACCAGUAGCUGAUGAGAGAGCUUCUAAUGUUUUUUGACUGUAGACCAUGCCAUGAUUAUGGUAUUUCCUAGUAUUCUCAGUGUUCCAGAUGGAAUGACCCAACCCUGGUAACAUAAUGCCUUGGUUGUUGAUGAUCAGUCUAAAAAACAUUGAUGUUUAUACCAGGUUUUAUAUCAAAUAAAUCACAUGUUCAAAUUCUU